UUUUUUUUCUUCUUUUCCGAUAACCAUCUUACUCUUAUAGUGAUUUAAUUUAAAUUAAUUUCUAAAUCAAUUGUCUAAUUGAAUUGUGUAUCUAUUUGAUUAUUAAAGUGUUGGGAAGCUUUUAAAUCCUGUGAUUCAUUGAUAGUCUUUUACCUUCAUCUGAAUAUUGAUUCUGUUGUGAUAAAGAUUAUUUUGGAUUUUGUUUCAUUUUUUUUUCUCUCUCAGUGAAAAGAUGUAAAGGAAUGUACCUUUUACUAUCUAGGUACCUUUUAAUUGUCUUAUUAUGUUUAGUUUUCUCUUCUAAAUAUCAAUUAAAAGCUCGUGAUAAUGAUAUUAAGGAUAUUCUAUUUGAGAGUAGUAAUGUUUACGGUGAGGAUAAUUUGGUAAAUGAAAAUGAUCCCAGUGAGUUAAAUUUUGCUGGUUCAUCUAAAAGUGAUUAUUCAAUUUAUAAUCUUCUAUCAUUGUCUUCUAAUUCUGUGCCAUCUUCCCGAUCUUCACCAUUGUCUUCAUCGAAAAUAUACAAUUUAUCACCUUCACAUACUAGUCUUGGAAAUGAUGAUUCUAAAUCAUCAAAUUCUCAUCACCAAUCAAUACCAUCAACAUUACCUUUUUCUGCCUCAUCUCCAUCCACAUCAACAACAAUAGCUGAUGAAAAAUCUGAUGAUUCCAAUGGAGCAGUUGAUAGUAAAUUUUAUAGAACCUUAUGCUCAACUAAUCGUUUACAAUCAUGUCAAAAUUUGUCAAUUGAUUGUUUAGAUUGUGAAUAUGAUUAUUACUGUGAUUUUGGUGAAGUAAAAACUGCAUCAUGUAGAGUCAAAGAGGGUGUUGAAUGUCAGGGUCCUAAGCUUGUCCAUCAUAAUUAUACUUGUGCCUAUUGUUACCAAUUACCUGAAAGCAACUAUUAUUGUAUGUCAAGUUUUGCUUGUCGGAUCAAUUCUAGAUAUUUAACUGAUUGUAGUAUGAAACCUCAUGUUCCAUGUCUUGGAAAUCGGAGUUUCCAAAGAUAUAAGUUAUGCAAUUUCGUCUCAGGUUACAAAUGGUCAACUGCGUUAUUAUUAAGUGUUACUCUUGGUGGAUUUGGAAUUGAUAGAUUUUAUUUGGGAUAUUGGCAAGAAGGGAUUGGUAAAUUGUUUAGUUUCGGAGGUUUCGGUGUUUGGACUUUAGUCGAUAUCAUCUUAAUUUCAACAGGAUAUUUAAAACCAGCCGAUGGAUCAAGAUAUAUUAAUGAUUUUAGUUUCAGUUAAUGAAAGACAAAAUCUUAGCUAAUCAUGGAAAUAUUUUCGCCACCAAUUGUCUCCACCAAUCGACUAAUUUCAUUUUCACUUAGAAGAUCUAAUUUAUUGAUGACAUAGAUAACUGGCUUAUCUUUACUUAUGAUAUCAUCAAAUUUUUGGAUAUAUUG